AUGCCAGCCUUACGUGACCUCGACCUCGGCGACGACACCGCAACCGCGGGCCCCACGUCGUCCACGCGACGACCGACUCUCUACUUCGCCUACGGCAGCAACCUCUGGCUCGCGCAGAUGCGCCGCCGCUGCCCUUCAUCCGUCUACCUGGGCGUCGCGCGCUUGCGCAGCAACGGCAACGGCAGCCACUGGCGCUGGGUAAUCAACGAGCGCGGCUACGCCAACGUCGUCGAGAUCCCCACCCCCUUUUCCGUCGCCACGGCGCACGAGGGGCAGGAGAAAGAGAAGGACGGGGACGGGGAUGAAGAUGAUGAAAGCGAUGUUGUUUAUGGUAUCGUCUACGCGCUCCCGCCCGCGCCCUCGGCCGACGAGGAGUCGCUCGACGCCGCCGAGGGCGUGCUGGUGUACGUGGAUAGGUUGCGGACGGCCGAGGGCGUGGCGAAGGAGGAGUAUGUGGGCAGGAUGAACGAGGCUGUGAGGGAUGCGGUGGCGUUGGGGGUGCCGCGGGGGUGGGUGGAGAGGUGUGUGAGGAGGUUUAUACCCGCUGAGUGA